CGAGUGUGUGUAGACUCUCUUCAUGGGCGUAGCUAUAGGGGCUGUCAAGAUGAGUUCUUGCACUUUUGACCACUAAACCACUAUUGCUCUUCCUACAGAAAAGUAUGGAAAUGGAAAACAUAACCGUCAUCACAGAAUUCGUUCUCUUAGGGUUCCCUCUCUCCCCACUGGCCGAAGUCUUCCUCUUCAUUAUAUUCCUCGUGAUCUACGCCGUAACUCUGAUUGGAAACAUUGCUGUAAUCACUUUGACCAGCCUGGAUCCCCACCUUCAAAUGCCCAUGUACUUCUUCCUCUGCAACCUGGCAGUCUUGAAUAUCAUUUGCACUUCGGCCGUUGUCCCCAAAAUGCUCAUGAACUUCUUGGUGACAAGGAAGUCCAUCUCAGCCAAGUUGUGCGAGGCUCAGAUGUAUAUCACGCUGUUCCUAGGGGCGGCAGAAUGUAUCUUCCUUGCCGUGAUGGCGAUCGACCGAUACGUCGCCAUCUGCCACCCGUUGCGCUACUCUGUUCUAAUGAACAAAUCGGUUUGUAUCGGCAUGGCUGCUGGGUCUUGGCUCAGCACCUUCCUGGGGUCAGUGGUUCCACUCAUCGUCCUGAAGCUCCCUCUCUGCGGCUCCAACGUCAUUGACCACUAUUUCUGUGAAGUCCCAGCCAUGCUUCAGCUGGUGUGCGCUGACACAUCUGUGAGCGAGAGUGCAAUGUACAUGGGGGGCAUAGCGACGGAGAUCAUCCCCUUUCUCUUGAUUGUACUCUCCUACAUACGCAUCAUUAUUGCCAUACUGCGACUCGCGUCUGCCGACAGCAGGCAGAAAGCUUUCUCCACCUGCUCAGCGCACCUGACAGUGGUGACUAUCUUCUACACGACUGCCAUGCUCAUGUACAUGCGGUCGAAGGGGCAGCGCACACCAGAAGAGGACAAGGCCAUCUCAGUCUUCUAUACUAUCAUCAACCCCAUGUUAAACCCAAUCAUAUACAGCCUGCGCAAUAAAGAUGUCAAAGAAGCCUUGAUGAGAGUCCUAGGACGAAGCAAAAUGGCCGAGGUUUAA